CAGGCGAGCCGUUCCCAGAGAAGUCGAGUCGCCGCUGCCUGUGGCCUGGCGCGGGUAACGGCAGGUGGCUGCAGGAUCGGCGGCUGUGAGGAGGCGCCAGGGCCGCCUCCGGCGUCGCUAGGGGAGAAGGAUGGCGACCGGCGACUCGGAGCAGAUUCGCUAUUGCGCGCGCUUCUCGUACUUGUGCCUCAAGUUCACCCUCAUCACUUACUCCACCGUGUUUUGGUUGCUGGGAGGAUUUGUUCUAGCUGUUGGUAUUUAUGCAGAAGUUGAAAGACAGAUGUACAGGACCCUGGAAAGUGCCUUUUUAGCACCAGCAAUUAUUCUAAUACUCUUGGGCAUUAUAAUGUUCCUUGUGUCCUUUGUGGGUGUACUGGCAUCUUUAAGGGACAACUUAUGCCUUCUUCAAGCUUUCAUGUACAUCUUGGGCAUUUGUUUGCUGAUUGAAUUAAUUGGUGGAGUGAUGGCCUUGCUCUUUAGGAAUAAGACAAUUGAACUUUUAAAUGAAAACAUUGGAAAAGGAAUCGAGCAUUACUACGAUGACUUGGACUUCAAAAACAUAAUGGAUUUUGUUCAAAAGCAGUUUAAAUGCUGCGGCGGAAACGAUUAUACAGAUUGGGCCCAAAAUCAGUACCAUAACUGUGCCGCACCGGGACCUUUAGCCUGUGGAGUUCCUUACAGCUGUUGUGUCGCAAAUAAGACUGCAGUCAUCAAUACCAUGUGUGGAUAUAAAACUAUUGAUCAACAGCGUCUGACCGUUCAGCAUAUUAUAUACGUCAGAGGAUGCACCAAUGCAGUACUCAUUUGGUUGAUGGACAACUAUGCUGUCAUGGCUGGCAUCCUGCUUGGCAUAUUGUUUCCUCAGUUCCUUGGAGUGCUGUUAUCUUUGCUUUAUAUCACCCGAGUAGAGGAUAUAAUUACUGAGCACAAGCUUAGCGACUCUCUGCUUGAUGGAGAGCGGCAGAAGACUGACAUGGAAUUCACUGGCACAGGGUGCUGUAUGUGUUACCCUGGGUAAUGCUGGGCAUCCCUCUGGGCCAGGCAGAUAGAUCACUAACGCUCUUUUGUUAUGGUGCCUUGAAUGCAGUCAGACUGUAAAGCAUAAUGUGAAUUGAGUAAAGAGUAGUUCUUAGAAGUGAAGCCUCUAUAAUUUAUUAACAUUCAGUAUUUCAUCUCUGGAGCAUUCUAUUGGAGCAUCAGGGAUCUUAUAUUGAAAGUGUGACAGAUUCCUUUUUGUUGUAAAGAGUACAACUAAUCAAAGAGAAGAAUCUACGAUGAAUAAUUACUAUAGCUAAAACUUAUCAUUGGGCAAGGGCUGUCUAACUUACCUGUGCAAUGGUACUGCUAACAUGGUAAACUCAGUUUAUUUCUGGUCGUUUUCAGAGCAUGGUAAUUUACCAUCUGCAUUCACAAAACGAUCGCAUUGGGAUGCUUUCUGAUUGUUCAGACUGGGCUCAGCUGUUCACUAGUGUUAUCACUGAGUACUGGCUACUGUGUUUUCUUGCUGGCUAAAUUCUGAUUUGUUUUCCCCUCUCCAGUUUACGUCACUCCUGCAUGCUAGUUUGUUUUUAAUAACUGACAAUAGCUUUGGUCCGACCACUGGAUAGAUUUUUUUCAAAGCUACUGUAGAGUUUUUUUCCAGACCAGGAAAUGCUUCUGUGGUUUUCCGAUUUCUACUGCAGCUGCCAAUAUAGCAUAGUGGCAAUGGGAUUUCAGUACAGCAGAGUUCCUUAUAGUUUCUCUGCCAACAGCUAUUCCUCACUCUCUCUCCUCCCCGCCCCCCCGCCCCGCUACAAGGGCUUUUUCCAUUUUUGCCAAACUCUGCAAUUGAAUGUUAUUAUAUUAUUGUUAAAUGUUUUAACAGUCUGUGUUAAUGGUAAUGAAAAGCCUUCAGUUGAGCUCAGUGGACUUACGGCACCAAAAGGAUGACAUAAGUCCAUGGCCCAGGCCGCCAUGUACCUGGAGGCAAUGCGGGGUGAAAACAACUAUUUCGACUCCGCCCCCGGCUGCACCUCUGGAAUGCCCCUGCUAUGCCAGCGGGGCUGUGGCUCAGGAUUGGGCUGUAAAGACUUAAAAACAACAACAACUGGAAAUUCAGAAAAACGAAAAAAAAAAAACCCCAGUUCAGGAAUUCGGAAAAUCUGAAACACAGAUUGCUACAACAAUAUUCUGUUGCUGAUGUUAAAAAAUAGCUAUAUGGACAGAGUUGUGGAAAAUGGAUGCCGCAUGAGUAGGAGCUGGAAAAUAUGAAUUUCCCACCUGUGUGGCAGCCAUCCAGAUAGCUAUAAUGUUUCUCAAAACUUUGUAGCAAAAAAUGUUUUGGGAGAAAAAUUGGAGAAAAGCUGGGGAAACCUGUGAAUUGCAUAAACAUACCACAAGGCUUGGUGGAAGUGAGGGGCGGGGUGGGCAGGCGGGAGGAGAAUUCUUCCCAACAGCAUUGAACCCCAGGUGCAAAUAACCUGUGCACAAAACCUGUCCAGUAAUAAUUAUUUUGCAGAAAUGCCCAGAUGUAAACUUGAAUGAAUUUGUGCACCAUAUACUGUAACGUUUUUGAAAUCGUGCCUUCCUAUGGAUUCUUAAACAAUGAAGCAUUUUUAUAUAUUUUAAGAAAAUUAUUUCCUAUAUUUGUUCAAUCGUAUUUUUAUGGUGCUUCUAAUGGUUUACUGAAAACACUUUUAGAGGGCUUGUGUCUUUCCUGACUCAAAGUAGCUAAUGAAUCUUUGCUUUUGAAAAAGUGCCUUUUAAAUCUAUGCAGAUUUUUGUAUAUUUUAUUUGGUAAUUCCUAAUGAAUCUGAAUCUUGUAUUUUUCCUUUUCCUGACAGACUGGAAUUCUUGUGUACCCACUAUGUUUACCUAUGCCUAAUUUUUAUAUGAAAAGUAAUUUUUUAUGAUUUUGUAAAAAAAACAAAAGUAAAUCUUUAUAUUACUAAAAA